AUGAAUCGUGCCCUACAAACAAUAUCUACUCGUUUAUUCACACGUCCAGUUCUACCUUCAUCAUUAGGAAUACUUCCAAAUGCCGGUAUUAAUUUUAUCCCAUGUGCAUGGAUCCGACAGCAUAAACUCACUGAUCAACAAAUGAGAUUACGUUAUAAGAAACUUCACUGGCAUAAAUUUUAUAAUGAUAAAUGGGUUCAACGUCGUGGAGGCGGAUGGGAUGAAAAAAUGACUCCAGAAAAUCAAACAUUCAUGCAAGAAGUUGUCUAUGAAACAUAUACCAAUAAAGAAAGUCCUUUAAAAGAUGGCCCAUGGAAACAUGGUGAAUAUACAACAAAUCCUGAAACAAUUCGUACUGGUGUCCUUGGACUUAAAUUAGGAACAUUACCACAAUGGGAUAAAAAAGGUAGAAAAUUUCAUGUUACAUUAGUUCAAAUUAUUGAUAAUCAUGUUGUGAAUUAUACACCACCUGAAAUGAUUAAUUUUCGAACAUUAUUUACUACACGUCCAUUACGUCGUGAUCUACAUGGAAAAGUUGGUAUGCUUGUUGUUGGAGCAUUAUCAAGUGAUCCAAGAAAAUUUACUCGUGCUUAUAAUGGUUUAUUUGAACAAGCAGGUAUACCACCAAAACGUAAACUUACACGAUUUUUUGUUACACCAAAUAGUGUUAUUAAACCUGGUACACCACUUUAUGCAACACAUUUUCGUUGUGGAGAUUAUGUUGAUGUACAAGCACGUUCAAUAGAUUUCGGUUUUCAAGGUGUUAUGCGUCGAUAUGGUUUCCGUGGUGGUCCAAGUGAUGAAUAUGGUGCAACAAAAUUUCAUCGUAAACGUGGUACAGUUGGUUCAGGUCGUAAACAUAAAAUUUUACCAGGUACAAGAAUGCCUGGUUUAAUGGGUAAUAAAUUAGUGAUGAUGAAAGGUUUAAAAGUUUGGCGAAUCAAUACAAAAUAUAAUGUUCUUUAUUUAAUGGGUCCAGCUGUACCUGGACCAAAUCAUGGUUAUAUGCGUAUACAAGAUUCAAGUUUAUAUGAACGAAAACAAAAACUUACAAAAGAUAAUCAUCCACCAUUUCCAACUUAUUAUCCUCAAGAUGGAAAAAUAUUAGAUGAAGAAUUAUUUUCUGAUGAUAUUUAUCAUUUUGAUCAACCAACAUUAACAUUAGAUGAUGUACAAAUAGCUCCGUUAACAACACGUCGUACUACAGCUAAAACGGCACAAAAGAAAAAAUAA